AUGAAGAAAAAAGCAGAGAGCGAAGAUGAACAAAUCGAAAUACUCAAGGCUGUAGCACAGGCCUGGCAUGGCCACUCCGGCAACACCAGACCCAUGAAGGAAUUCGACGCUCACAGUCACUGCAGGAACAGCAGCAAUUUCAUGAGCAAGCCUAGUCGUUUCAAGCUGGAAGCCACCAUGAAUAAGCUGUCCAAGGGGGUCAUCGCUCCCAAUUGGGAUUUUGGACAAUCUCUAUGGGAUUCCUACGAAAUUGUAACCCUGUCAAAGAAGCUAGAGGCAGGGCUUGUGUUGGACAAUCACCCACUUUUUAUAUUCCAAGAUUUAAUCACUCCGGGCGGCAAGAGACGUAGAGAGAGUAAGAAUAGUUUGAGAAAUUUGUUUAAGAGGGUAUCCUCAUAA